AGCACGCGCCUUGCCACCACGUUCGACGACCACCCGGUGCGGAUCUGGGAUGUGAAGACGGUGGAGCCAAACUUCGUCUUACAGCGGCACACAAGUUCGGUAUGGGAUGUGGAGUUCUCUCCAGAUGGGAGCCUGUUGCUGUCAGCUGCGUCGAUGGACAGCACAGUGAAGAUCUGGGACGUAUCCACUGGUGUCAUGAUCAUGUCGCUAGAGGGACACUCUUACGCCGUCACGACAGCGUGCUUCUCUCCAUGUGGGAGGUACAUCGUAUCGGCGUCCAGAGACAGGACGGUGCGGUUGUGGAGGACAAGUGAUGGGUCGUGUGUGGAAAGAUUCCUCCAACAUCGGAAAUCUGUGUGGCGCGUAUUUUUCUUCCCGGACGGUAAGACACUUGCGUUUGGAGAUCAGGAUGGGACCGUCGCUGUCAGACGAUGA